UCUGUCCUCUCUACCUCCUGACAGAUACACAGUGAUAUAUCCUGCAGAUUAUUACACCUCUGACCCAUCUAGAGAUCUGCAGCACAUUGCUCUGCCCCCUCGCAGAGGGCACCUGCAGGUUGCGGAGCUCCAGGUCUCCUCGCCCCAUCAUCUGCUGCCUCUGGCGAGGGGUCCAGGCUGCAGCAGGAGGGGAGGGGGCCCAGGUGAUCAUCUGUGUGAUGUCAUGUAAGUGCUGGGCCCCAUCCAAUGGGAGGAGGAGGGGGGCAUUCCCUCUGGCACGUGGGGGAGGGGGCCCCAAGAACUCCCUGUCACUUUCCACUACAGAUCAAUGUAUAGUUCACUCCAUGGAUUAAACCAACAACCCAGCGGCAAUUACCAUCUCCAGGGACGAGUGUAUCUGAGCCCCAUGGAUAGCUGAUUGUGCCCCGUCCUGCACCUGGGAGUAACAGGGUUUCCUCCAGAGCCGGGGGCCGCAGAACUCCAAGGACUCUCCAUCCAGUAAUCCUCCGGGGGACACGAGGGGAGAAUGUGGGGAGUAGUCGCCUGCUGGGUCACCGGCUGCCUGCUCAUCCUGGAGGCCUCGGCCGCUGAUCUCCUCUACCGCUCCGGAAGGCGGAUUUGUUCUUCCGGCGGUCAGACUGGAUUCGUGUCCGCGACGCAGUCGUUCGUUCAGCCGGUUCACAAGCCGCUGAUCACCAUGUGUGAGGGGCACAGAGCCUGCAGCACGUACAGAACGACGUACAAGAUUUCGUACAGACAAGUAUCUACGAAAACGUCGCUGCCGCUGUACACGUGCUGCCCGGGCUGGAGGAGGACGGAUGCUCACCGCUGUAACAAAGGGACUUGUCGGCUUCCAUGUCAGAAUGAAGGAACUUGUGUCGGCCACAACAGGUGCCAGUGCGCUGAGGGCUGGAGUGGAAGCCACUGCCAGACAGAUGUGAACGAGUGUCAGAGCGGUUGGCACCGCUGCUCUCAAAGCUGCAUCAACACCUCAGGAAGUUUCCGCUGCGGCUGCCAUAGAGGAUUCAGCCUUUCUGAUGAUGGGAAGUCGUGUCGUAAAGUGGAAGAACCUGCAACUGCUCCGCCAGCACCCCCCCAAUCGUCAGUGAAUGGCACAGGAGACGCAGAAACCGUGUGGCGAGAAAUGCAAGAACUUAGGAGCAAAAUCGAGGUCCUAGAGCAGAAACUGCAGUUGGUUUUGGCUCCAUUUCAUGGCCUGUCGACUGUGUCCCCUGAAGAUAGCCCGGGCCCCAUCACCUUCCUAACGCAUUCCUUCCAGCAACUCGACAGGAUAGACUCGCUCAGCGAGCAGAUCUCAUUCCUGGAAGAGCGUCUGGAGACAUGUAAGUACGACACACGCCUGUCAGUCCCAUGAAAACACAAGGAUUCGGACAUUUCCCAAAUAGAAAGUGGUGACGUUUUAGGCCGCCCCACAGAUUCCUGGCCUCUAUAUCACAUCAUUAGUGACGACGGUCUCCAUCUGUCCUGGUGCGGAGAUCAGGACCGCGCACAGCCCCGGCGCGGACAUGUUGGUUUGCUCAGUAAUUAGUUUGGGUUUCCAGGCUCCGCGUGUUUAUUUCAGCCUCACAUCCACUUUUACGGCUCGGCUUCUGCUUGGACAUUAUGAUGAGAUUCCUGCGCUUAUUAGGACGGCGCCAAUAAUCGGAAAUCACAAUCUGUCCUUGAUCUUAAUCCAAACCUCGUCAAGGCUCAUGAAGCUUCUGCCUCUGAGAGGAUGUAAGGGCCGCGCGAAGCGCACGUUUAAAUAUCCCAUUAGACGUGACAAUUAUUGAAUAUUUUCCCAACAGCGAUCUCCACGGGACUGGAAACCAUAAACUCCUGGAACGUGCGACAUCUACAAUAGACUCUGCCCUCCUGGGAGGGCGGCUGAACGCAGGCUCACUGGUAAUUACACCGCAGCGCAGAAUCAUUAUACUGAAGCGGGGUAAUAAGCCGUCAUACACCAGCCACGUAGGAAAGUCAAGCUGCCGGUAGUAUAGCGAUAUUAGAGACGUGGCCUCUGUCCUCCUCCAAGCAACCAAACCUUUGUGCUGAACAAUUCCAUAUGAUGAUACAAAUCCAUCCAUUGUACAUUUCUGCUGCCUGCAGUGACCACCACCAGGGGGAGCUCUCUGCAUAUUGCUAUAGGAGCAGUGGCUGCAGAAAGAACAGAGUGUCGGGCCGUCACUGGGCUCCCCGAGCUUCUUGGUGACCUCGCCUCGUUUAGGUCACUGUGAUGCAUUUACAUUAUUAUUAUUUUUUCUCA